CUUGCCAGAGAAUCUACUCCACAAGUGUGCCGCUCUCUCUCUCUCUCUCUCUCUCUCUCUCGCCCUUUUCCCCCUUCCUAUCAGGCGGAUAUACCGGAGUCUCGUUGUGAGGCCGUUGCAGACUCUCUCUCGGUGCUUGUUGGGUUUUUAGAAAAGGAAGAUUUGAUGGAUGGGGGCGGCGAAAUCCGUUGCUGGGAAGAGCUGAUACCAGAUGCUCUAGAGUUAAUCUUCAGUAAUCUCUCUCUUCAGGACCUCUUGACUGUCGUUCCCAUGGUUUGCAAAUCUUGGGGUAAGGCAGCUUCAGGGCCUCACAUCUGGCAAGAGAUUGACAUCUUGGAAUGGAGCCGUCAACGUCAACACAAGCCGGACAGUGUGGAUAGGAUGCUCCGAAUGCUUAUCACGAGAAGCUGUGGGUCCUUCCGCAAGCUCAGUGUCUGUGGCCUCUCCAACGAUCCUAUCUUCUCCUUCAUUGCAGAUCAUGCUGGUUCCCUUCGGAAUCUGCAGGUGCAGGGAAGUGACAUUAGCGAUUCCAUAGUUGAAUUGGUUGCAGGGCGAUUGUCCAAUAUCACUUUUUUGGAUAUAAGCUUCUGUGAAAAGAUUGGCAGCCGUGCACUGGAGGUGAUUGGGCAGAAUUGUAAAUCACUUGUUGAGUUGUGGCGCCGAAGGGACCCAACGGAGUCGGACAAGGUCUGCCAGGAUGACGAGGCCCAUGCAAUUGCCACCACAAUGCCCAAGAUCAAGCGUCUGAAUAUGGGCUACUGCCUCCUCACAACUAGAGGCGUGCUUGAGAUACUCUCAAAGUGUAGUGAGCUUGAAUUCUUGGAUGUAACGGGUUGUUGGGAUGUGGAGCUCGAUGAAGCCUUCUUGAAGGAGAAGUGCGCCAGUUUGAAGGUGCGUGGGCCACACAUUGAGUGCCAAGUGAGGAAUUUAUGGGAUGGGUGCUCAGAUUACUCAGAUUCUUCUGGGUAUUUGGCGUGGGAGUACAUGGAUGAUGUUGGGGACUAUGAUGCGGAGAGCUUUGACGGUGUUUGGGAUGACGACCAUGGGCUGGAGGGACUGGAGCUGAGAUUCUAUGAAGGGUUGAAUGAUGCUGCUCUUGGGUUGGAUUGGCCACCAUCCCCUUGAGGUGAGAUCAGGGCUUCUACUAUUGUUAUGGCCACUUAUAUGCUUUGAAACUUAAGGCUGUGUUUGGAUGCCCUAACAAAUUGAAUUGUGAUAAUCCUUCAAUAAAGUGGAAGUGACCAAAGUGCAGUUACCUUUGUUAGUAUCUGUAUCGAGGGAUUAGGCUCCGAAAUGCAAUUACUUCACUUUCAAGUGGGACUUGAGAGGGAUGUAACUGCAGUUUGAAGGCAACUUCCUCACUAUGGAUUUUAGGGUAAUUACAAUAUGGUUCUUCCUCCCAAUGGUGUCGAUUACUGCAAUUCAGUGUAAUACUGCAUCCAAACACAGAAGCAUCAGAGAUGGAUGUUAUAUAUCUAAAAAAGCACAUCGUUUUUUUGUUUUUUUGUUUUUGGAAGUGAAGUUGUGUGGUUGUUCUUCCUUUCCAUUUGAAUCACCUUUUCUGCUGGUA